CAUCCUGCUUCUGAGGUUUCAAUAUUUACUCAGAGCAGCAGGCGUGAGAAAUGGCCGUCCAGCAGCAGCCAGCCCCGAUGGUUACUAUGGUGACCACCACGACCCACACCUCAGGGCAAUGGAGCACGACCCUCUGCGACUGCUUCAGUGACAUGGGCACCUGUUGCUGCGGUCUUUGGUGCUUCCCGUGCAUGCAGUGUGAGACAGCCAAUAACUUUGGUUGGUGCUGCUGCUCGCCGAUGUGCGACGUCUGCUUCGUGGUGUCCUGCUCGCUCCGAUCUUCCAUAAGGGAGCGCUACAGCAUCCCUGGUUCGUGUUGUGAGGACUGUUGCACAGUUAUGUGCUGCUACCUGUGCGCCUGGUGCCAGAUGAGUCGGGAGGUGAAGAUCAGGAAGGGAACACCGACCCAUGCCUCGGUGAUUACCACCCAAGUCAAUGUCUGACAAAAACAACAACAACAAAAAGCAAACCAACAACAGUUUGUUUUAUAGAGUGAACCACAAAGGUGUAAGUGCCUUAGUUUGGAUUAUCAAGCCACCGUUUGUAGUCGAGUUAAACUUCACAGUACAGUAUUAUGUCAAAUCAGUUUUUUACUGUUCGACCUUUGAUUCACGCUGGCUAAUAAAGUUUUCUUAAUUAUACAAGAA